CAUCCUUCUUCUCUUUAUAUUGAGAACUUGAAAACACUUAACCUAGAUUUGAAGAAGACCUUGCUUCACCUUGCCUUAUCUUCUUCUUUUUGAUUCCAUUUUCCCAUUUGCAGAGCCAAAACGUUAACGUUUUGGUUCAUCACAAUCCAUUCAGGCAUUUCGCAGAUCAUCUGGGAAAACCAGCAAAAAAGAAAAUCUAACCUUUUAAUCAGUUUCUCCAUUAAUAUUUCAAUAAAAAUCUCAAAUUUUCCGUUUUUUUUGUUUAAAUCGAGGACAAAUUUUUCUGCAAUCGAGGAAUUUUCCAUCGCUUAAUAUCCGUUUCUUUGACGAACUACUGUUGUAUUUAUAAUUCAAAGGUUUGGUGUGUUUGGCGACGGGGUGAGGAUUGGAUAAGGGAAAAAGAUGGUGGGAGGAGGGAAUAGCAGGAGGGACGAAUCUUUGGUGAUUAACAGCACCAAUGUUUUUGCGGCGCUUGGGAGUUUGAAGAAGAAAAAGAAGAAGGGAAGUGAAAAGGAACAUCCAGGCUCCUCUUCUAAGACCAAAGGGAAAAAGGGAGGGGAGAAGGAAGCGGAGAAGAAAGAGGUGUUCUGGGCCCCAUCACCUCUCAAGACGAAGUCUUGGGCUGACGUUGAUGACGAAGAUGAUGAUGAUUAUUAUGCCACCAUGGCUCCUCCUGUUUCUUCUUGGGACACCCAUAAAGAACCUGAGCCUGCUUUAGAGGAAAGUGAGAGUGAGGAAGAAUGCCUUGAUGAAGCUGAUGAUGACGUUGAAGAGGAACAUGAAAAUGAAGCUGAGGCUCAGGUAGAAGUGCAGCCAGUUGUUAAGAAGCCUCCUGAAGCGUCUAUGGUCACUAAGGAGACAGAAAGACAGCUUUCAAAGAAGGAACUGAAGAAGAAGGGGCUUGAGGAACUGGAUGCUGUUCUUGCAGAGUUAGGAUUAACCAAACCAGAGACAAGUGGCCCAAAUGACUCCCAUGGCAUUGCACAGGGGAAAAAAUCAGAGAGCAAUGGAGAAAUGGAAAAGAAAGAGAAUGCUCCUGCUGAGAGCAAAAGUGCCAAAAAGAAGAAAAAGAAGGAUAAAUCGUCAAAGGAGGUGACAGAAUCAUCGCAGGGCCAGCCUGAAGGCAUUGAUACUGGAAAUGAUGCUGAAGAAACUGGUGAAACUGAGAAGCCAGAAGAGACAUCUGCAGUUGAUGUGAAAGAACGGCUGAAAAAAGUAGUUUCUAUGAAGAAGAAAAAAUCAAGUAAAGAGAUGGAUGCUGCUGCCCGAGGAGCUGCCAAUGAGGCUGCUGCAAGGAGUGCAAGGUUUGCUGCUGCUAAGAAAAAGGAGAAGAAUCACUACAAUCAGCAACCAAUGCGGUAAUCUGGGAAGAGCUUCGGGUUUUGCUUUUCAUUUUAAAUUCUCACAUAUGAACAUGUACCCUCUCCUGUUUCUUUUGUCAAUGCAAAAUAAACUUCAGUAAAUGGUUUUUGUGAAUGUGACCUUUAGCAGGCCGCUUUUGUUCUCAGAGGAAAAUUCACUUGGUUUAACCUUGGUGUUUCCUUUUUCUGGAUGGUAGCAGGAAAUUCCUUAUAUGCUAGGUCAAAAUUAAUAUUGUAUAUCAGUA